ACCCCCUGCCCCGCCCCGCGCGGCCCCACCCCCGCGGGCUCACGGUGAACUGAGAUUCCCCUUCCCCUCCCCCGCCCGGCACACGCACACCACACCUUUGCCUCCUCUUCCUCCUCCUCCUCCUUCUCCUCCUCCGGGUCUGGGAGAGAGAGAAAGAGAAAAGCUAAAGGAAGAGGUGCUGAGCCUGGGCCUCCCGCACCGCGCCGCCGCGCACAACAUGGAGGAGCUGGUGGUGGAGGUGCGCGGCUCCAACGGGGCCUUUUACAAGGCAUUUGUAAAGGAUGUACAUGAAGAUUCAAUAACAGUCGCAUUUGAAAACAACUGGCAACCAGAGAGACAAAUACCAUUCCAUGAUGUGAGGUUUCCACCACCUGCAGGCUAUAAUAAAGACAUAAAUGAAAGUGAUGAAGUGGAGGUUUAUUCCAGGGCAAAUGAAAAAGAACCCUGCUGCUGGUGGUUGGCUAAAGUGAGAAUGAUAAAGGGUGAGUUUUAUGUAAUAGAAUAUGCAGCCUGUGAUGCUACGUACAAUGAAAUUGUCACAAUUGAGCGCUUGAGAUCUGUGAAUCCUAACAAACCUGCAACAAAAGAUACUUUCCAUAAAAUCAAACUGGAAGUACCAGAGGAUUUAAGGCAAAUGUGUGCCAAAGAGUCUGCACAUAAGGACUUCAAAAAGGCAGUUGGAGCUUUUUCUGUAAUAUAUGAUUCUGAAAACCAUCAGCUUAUUAUUUUAUCAAUCAAUGAUGUAACAACGAAGCGGGCGAAUAUGCUGAUUGAUAUGCACUUUCGAAGUCUUCGUACCAAGCUAUCCCUGAUUUUGAGAAAUGAAGAAGCUAGCAAACAACUGGAGAGUUCUAGACAACUUGCAUCACGAUUUCAUGAACAAUUUGUUGUUCGUGAAGACUUAAUGGGUUUGGCUAUUGGCACUCAUGGUGCUAAUAUUCAGCAAGCCAGAAAAGUUCCUGGAGUGACUGCCAUUGAUCUUGAUGAAGAUACCUGCACAUUCCAUAUUUACGGAGAGGAUCAAGAUGCAGUGAAAAAGGCAAGAAGUUACCUUGAGUUUGCUGAAGAUGUCAUACAAGUCCCAAGAAAUUUAGUAGGGAAAGUAAUUGGAAAAAAUGGAAAACUGAUUCAGGAGAUAGUGGACAAAUCUGGUGUUGUAAGAGUGAGAAUUGAGGCUGAAAAUGAUAAAAAUAUUCCACAAGAAGAGGGAAUGGUACCAUUUGUAUUUGUGGGAACCAAGGAUAGCAUCACUAAUGCAACUGUUCUUCUGGAUUAUCAUCUUAAUUAUUUAAAGGAGGUGGACCAGCUACGUUUGGAAAGACUGCAAAUUGAUGAGCAGCUUCGACAGAUUGGAGCUACCUCUAGGCCACCACCAAAUCGUACGGAUAAAGAAAAAGGAUAUAUAACUGAUGAUGGUCCGGGACUCGGAAGAGGUAGUCGACCUUACAGAAACAGAGGGCAUAGCAGACGUGGUCCAGGCUACGCUUCGGGAACUAAUUCUGAAGCAUCAAACGCUUCUGAAACGGAAUCUGAUCACAGAGAUGAACUUAGUGAUUGGUCAUUAGCCCAAGCAGAAGAGGAACGAGACAACUACCUUCGCAGAGGAGAUGGGCGAAGACGUGGAGGUGGUGCAAGAGGGCAAGGAGGGAGGGGUCGUGGAGGAUUCAAAGGAAAUGAUGAGCAGUCGCGAACAGAUAACCGUCAGCGUAAUUCAAGGGAUGCAAAAGGGAGAACAGCAGAUGGAUCUCUACUGAAUACCUCCAGUGAAGGCAGCCGGCUGCGCACAGGUAAAGAACGCAAUCAGAAGAAAGAGAAGGCGGACAACGCAGAUGGUCAACAGCCGCUGGUGAAUGGAGUACCCUAAACUGCAUAAGUCUGAAGUCAUAUUUCCUAUACUGUUUCAGUAAUUCCUAUUCCACGUUAGAGAAACUUGUUAGGCCAAAGACAAAUAGUAGGCAAGAUGGCGCAGGGCAUGAAAUGAACAUAUGUUCUCUGUUAGCCUUUUUUUAACAUCAACAGUAUGCAGUUGUUUUCAGAAUAAAAAGUUAUUAAAAAUAUUUGCAUAAAAAAUAUCUGAAUUUCCGAAAAUCGCUUUCAAGUACAUAUUGCACUUCAAACAAUUAAAGAAUCUUUUUUGUUUGUUUUAAAAAUACUGAGCUGUGCAUUGGUAAACUUUCUGUUCAGUUGUACCAUUUUAACGCACUGGGUCAAAAUCACUGCUCAAUUUCAAUUCUCAGAAUAAAUAGUGUUUGCAGUAAUCAAAUUGGCUUCUGUUUUCAAUUUAACUUACAAGUUCUUCAUGAAAUGCUAUGUCGUUUUAUGUCCUGUGUCAGUUCACGUUCUGGUCCACCUUUUUCAGUAUUUUAGUGGACCCUGAAAUACGUGUGAUGUAACAGUUGUCAUUUUCAUUAGCAAAAAAAGUUGUAUGAUCUGUGCCUUUUUUAUAUCUUGGCAGGUAGGAAUAAUAUAUUUGGAUGCAGAAUUCAGGGAAGAUGAGUUGGUAACACUAAAUGUAAAAUAUAUGUAGCAAUCCUUGUCAGAUGUUAGUACUUUAUAGACAAGUGCAUGCUUUCCAUAAUUUUUUCCUUACAUAAACAUUGGGUUAGGCAGUUAUAAGAAUAGGAAAUUUAUUUUGCACUGAAGAUUUGGCGAGUAGUGUUACUGAAAAAGGGGUUGUAACUUUUUCUUUGUAGGCAGUAUAGAUUUUUAAAAAAUAAAAACCUAAAAAAAAAAAAAACCACAAAAACUUUCCAUUGUGGAGAACUUAAAGGAAAAAUAAAUAAAUAAAUGAGAAAAAGAAGCAACAACAACAACAAAAAAAUACAACUCAUUGUUACUAAGGGAACAGAAGUAAUUUGUUCACAACUAGUAAUGUGUGCCUGCUGUUUGGCCAGAUGACCAGUUUAAAGCGCUAAUGUUUUUCAUCCUCCCGAAAAGUUCCGAAUUGUUAUUUUAAUUUGGGGACUAUCUCAGGAGAGGUAGAAAGAAAAUCACCAUCUUGGAAAGUCCUGGUGUAGUAACUGGAGAUACUGUGGUUGGAACAAAUCCGUCAUAUUUUGAGGUAUAAGGUCUGUAAUACCAGCCCAUUGGAAUGAGCAUUUGAUCCAAAGUACAGUCAUACACUAGGGAAGGGUGGGAAGUAGGGGGAGGAGCUGUGCUUUCUUUUAUUUUUCAUCGCACAUUAAGCUUAAUAGGCACAGCUAUAUAAGGACCUCCAUUUUAAUCCAAUUUUUUUUUUAUUCAAAUUACUCCAGAGUGAGAGCCACUCAUUAUGUACAGAAUUGUACAAACUUGACCUUGCCUCUGAUGUAUUUUGUGAGUUUUGUUUCUUUGCUUCCUACAUUCACUGUUUUCCUUGCAUACAGGUGAGAAUACUAAAAAUGGCAACAAACUGCACAUGAUUUAACAAAUAUAAAAAUGUCUUAAAAAGUAUUGCCAAACAUUAAUGUUGAUUUCUAGUUAUUUAUUUUGGGAAUGUAUAGUAUUUGAAAACAGAAAUUGGUACCUUGCACACAUCAUCUGUAAGCUGUUUGGUUUAAAAUACUGUAGAUAAUUAACCGAGGUAGACUGACCUUGUAAUGUAACUGCUCUUGGGCAAUAUUCUCUGUACAUAUUAGCUACAACAGAUUGGAUUUUAUGUUGACAUUUGUUUGGUUAUAGUGCAAUAUAUUUUGUAUGCAAGCAGUUUCAAUAAAGUUUGAUCUUCCUCUGCUAACUGAUGUUGAUGCAAUCCUUAUAAAUGAUUGCUUUAAAAAAAUCUCAAGGCAAGUAGAGAGAAUAUUUCUGUUUAGACCUUAACUGUAGCUUUUGUUACUUCCACGUUCUAGAAACAUUCUGGAAUAUUACCAGUUUUCAAAAAUAUGGCACAUAAUGCUCAAGCAAAUGUUCUCAUUAUGAAAUGGUACAAAAUCUGUUGAGUUGUCACACUAUAUGCACUAUAUCUCUUACAUUUAGUGGUGAGUUUACUAAGGUGUUAACUAGGUUAAAUGUGAAGUUAAACUACAGUUCUGACUAAUUAGUCACAUUCCGUUUUCAAGUGCAUUUUGGAAUUAUGACCUUUCAGUAUUUGUGUACUUAACAUGUAUCCCUUUCAAUUCAAAUUCUAGUGUUUUUAAGUGUUAUUAAAUUUCAACAAAUUAAACUGUGAAUCUAAAUGUUUAGUUUUAUUUUGAAAAAUCAUGUGAUAGUAUAAAAAGAAAAGCAACAGCAACUUGAAAGUGCAACAAAUGUCUGAUCCUUGAGUUCAGGUCUGUCGUAUCGGUAACUUAUAAACUAUGGUCCUAUGAAUUAAAGUUAUUUUAAAAAUAAAGUUCUUUAAAAAGA